CGGGAGUCCGGGGUCUUUCCGUGGGUGGGGGAGGAGGAGAAGGAGGAGCAGGAGCAGGAGCAGGAGGGGGAUUAAAGAUGGCCACCCGCAGCCGGAGCAGCAGCCGGAGCCGGCGGAGGAGCAGCAGCAGUAGCCGGAGCUGGGGGAGACGCCGGCGGCCGGAGGAGACGAGCCGGGCCCGGCCUUGAUGGAGGAGAGGAGACCCCCGGCCCCGGCCCGUCCCCGGGACCCUCCCCCGGACCCCCUCCAGGCCCCGGGAGCCCCAGGACCGGCCCUGCCAGGAGCACCACGAAAGGGAGCGGCGGCCUUAACGCAGCCCCUCUUCGGCCCCGACCUUUGACCCCCCGACCUUUGGGACCAGCCCCCCCUUCCGACCCCGGUGAAUCACGCCUUCCCGUUUCUAAUCGAAAUCCUGGCAAGAGGAAUGUCCCCGACGGUCCCGGGAAUUCUGUACCAGUGAGGCAGGGAAUGCCCUAGAGGACCGGGGGCGACUUCCACAAAGCAGCCAAGAUGAACGUGGUGAAGAGGAUUAUGGGCCGGCCCCGGCAGGAAGAGUGCAGCCCCCAGGACAAUGCGCUGGGGCUCAUGCAUCUGCGCCGCCUCUUCACGGAGCUGUGUCACCCUCCCCGCCACAUGACCCAGAAGGAACAGGAAGAGAAGCUCUAUAUGAUGCUGCCAGUGUUUAAUAGGGUUUUUGGAAAUGCUCCCCCGAGUUCCAUGACAGAAAAGUUCUCCGACCUUCUGCAGUUUACAACCCAAGUCUCACGCCUGAUGGUGACUGAAAUCCGAAGGCGAGCAUCUAACAAGUCUACAGAGGAACAGUGUGUCCGGCUGACCACGGAGGAUUGUAAAGCCAUGACGCCUUCAGAGGCUGCGAGCCGUGCCAUAGUCCAGUUCCUGGAGAUCAAUCAGAGUGAGGAGGCCAGCAGAGGUUGGAUGCUUCUGACUACAAUUAAUUUGCUAGCAUCAUCGGGGCAGAAAACCGUGGACUGCAUGACAACCAUGUCGGUGCCUUCCACCCUCGUCAAGUGUCUCUAUCUCUUUUUCGACCUCCCACAUGUGCCUGAGGCAGCAGGGGGAGCCCAGAAUGAGCUGCCUCUAGCAGAGCGUCGAGCGCUGCUCCAGAAAGUCUUUGUGCAGAUCUUAGUGAAGCUGUGUAGUUUCGUGUCCCCGGCGGAAGAGCUGGCCCAGAAAGAUGACCUCCAGCUCCUGUUCAGCGCGAUAACGUCCUGGUGCCCACCCUAUAAUCUGCCCUGGAGGAAGAGUGCCGGCGAGGUCCUGAUGACCAUAUCCCGCCACGGCCUCAGUGUCAACGUAGUGAAAUACAUUCAUGAAAAAGAAUGCCUGUCCACAUGUGUUCAGAAUAUGCAACAGUCGGAUGACCUGUCACCCCUAGAAAUUGUCGAGAUGUUCGCUGGGCUUUCUUGCUUUCUCAAAGAUUCCAGCGAUGUGUCUCAGACAUUGCUAGAUGACUUUCGGAUAUGGCAAGGAUAUAACUUCCUCUGUGAUCUUUUGCUCAGAUUAGAACAGGCCAAGGAGGCAGAAUCUAAGGAUGCGGUGAAAGAUCUGGUCAACCUGAUAAUGUCGCUCACGACGUACGGCGUCAGCGAACUGAAACCCACCGGUGUGGCCACUGGAGCUCCCUUCUUGCUGCCUGGAUUUGCCGUGCCACAGCCUACGGGCAAAGGGUUCAGUGUGCGAAAUGUCCAAGCCUUCUCCGUCCUCCAGAAUGCAUUUUUAAAAGCAAAAACGAACUAUCUUGCCCAAAUCAUCCUCGACGCCAUCACAAACCUCUACGUCGCAGACAAUGCUAAUUAUUUCAUCCUGGAACCACAGCAUACGCUGUCCCAGUUUGCGGAAAAGAUUUCCAAACUCCCCGAGGUACAGAGCAAAUACUUUGAGAUGUUGGAGUUUGUUGUCUUCAGCUUGAACUACAUCCCUUGUAAAGAACUCAUCAGCGUCAGCAUCCUCUUAAAAUCCAGUACCUCAUACCAGUGUAGCAUCAUCGCCACAAAGACACUCCUCAAAUUCACCCGGCAUGACUGCAUAUUUAAGGACGUCUUCAGGGAGGUGGGCCUCUUAGAGGUGAUGGUUAAUCUUUUGCACAAAUAUGCAGCGCUCUUGAAAGAUCCCACCCAGGCACUGAAUGAACAAGGGGAGUCCAGAAACAACAGUUCUGGAGAAGACCAAAAACAACUAGCUUUGCUGGUAAUGGAAACCUUAACAGCACUUCUCCAUGGGUCAAAUACAAACGCAGGAAUUUUCCGGGAAUUUGGAGGUGCCAGGUGCGCACACAAUAUUGUCAAGUAUCCUCAGUGUCGACAGCACGCACUGAUGAUCAUUCAACAGUUGGUGUUAUCGCCUAGUGGCGAUGAUGACAUGGGCACUCUUCUAGGAUUGAUGCACUCAGCUCCGCCCACAGAAUUACAGUUGAAGACGGAUAUUUUAAAGGCCCUCCUGUCGGUCCUGAGAGAGAGUCAUCGCACCAGAACUGUUUUUCGGAAAGUGGGGGGAUUUGUGUACGUCACAUCUUUGCUUGUCGCCAUGGAGAGAUCCUUGAGCUCUCCGCCCAAGAAUGGCUGGGAGAAAGUGAACCAGAACCAUGUGUUCGAGCUCCUCCACACGGUUUUCUGCACGCUGACUGCGGCGAUGCGCUACGAACCGGCCAACUCGCAUUUCUUCAAGACGGAGAUCCAGUACGAGAAGCUGGCAGACGCUGUUCGAUUUCUCGGCUGCUUCUCUGACUUGCGAAAAAUUAGCUCCUUGAACGUCUUCCCCUCGAACACGCAGCCAUUUCAGAGAUUACUAGAGGACGAUCUGAUUGGCAUGGAGUCGGUGUCACCCACAUUGCGACAUUGCAGUAAAUUGUUCAUUUACCUCUACAAGGUAGCGACGGAUUCUUUUGACAGUCGUGCAGAACAGAUUCCUCCCUGCCUGUCAAAUGAGGCUUCUCUUCCCUCUCCUUGGGGUACGCCAGCUUUGUCCCGGAAAAGGCACGCGAACCAUUCGGUCUCGACACCCCCCAUUUAUCCUCCGAAAAACGUUGCGGAUCUGAAGGUCCACCCGGCCGCUCCACCAAUCCAGAGCACGGAGGCAGUGGUCAUCCACCCGGGGGCCAUGCUGGCUAUGCUCGACCUCCUAGCCUCAGUAGGCUCGACGACCCAGCCUGAGCACGCCCUGGACCUUCAGCUGGCGGUGGCCAACAUCCUGCAGUCUCUGGUGCACCUGGAGCGAAACCAGCAGGUCAUGUGCGAGGCCGGCCUCCACGCCCGCCUCCUGCUGCGGUGUAGCGCCGCCCUGGCCGACGAGGAUCACUCCCUCCACCCUCCGCUCCAGCGCAUGUUCGAGAGGUUGGCCUCGCAGGCCCUGGAACCCAUGGUGCUGAGGGAAUUUUUACGCUUGGCAAAUCCUUUAAAUUGUGGAGCCUGGGACGCAAAACUCCUAAAGCAAUAUCGAGUUCACAAACCCAGUUCGCUAAGUUUUGAACCUGAGAUGAGAAGUUGUAUGGUCACCUCAGUGGAAGGAUGGGGUUCUGACAACGUGUUCAGCGCGCAGGAAGAUAACCACUAUCGGAUCAGCAAGAGCCUGGUUAAGUCUGCCGAAGGGAGUACCGUGCCCCUGACGAGGGUCAAGUGCCUGGUCUCCAUGACAACGCCCCACGACAUCAGGCUUCACGGAUCAUCAGUCACUCCGGCAUUCGUUGAAUUCGACACGUCACUGGAAGGGUUUGGCUGCCUAUUCCUGCCGAGUUUAGCCCCACAUAACGCCCCAACCAAUAAUGCCGUCGCAACUGGUUUGACGGAUGGCGCUGUAGUCAGUGGAAUCGGAACAGGCGAAAGAUUCUUCCCCCCUCCGUCCGGUCUGAGCUACUCCACCUGGUUCUGCAUCGAACGUUUUAGCACACCACCGAAUAACCACCCGGUCCGCCUGUUGACGGUCGUGCGGCGAGCCAGCUCUUCCGAGCAACACUACGUCUGCCUGGCCAUCGUGCUCUCGGCCAAGGACCGCUCCCUGAUUGUGUCCAGUAAAGAGGAGCUGCUUCAGAAUUACGCCGACGAUUUCAGUGAAGAGUCGUCUUUUUACGAGCUCCUUCCUUGCUGCGCUCACUUCCGCUGUGGCGACCUCAUCGCUGAGGGCCAGUGGCACCAUCUAGUUCUCGUAAUGAGUAAAGGCAUGUUGAAAAACAGCACUGCGACCCUCUAUAUCGACGGGCAGCUCGUGAAUACCGUGAAGCUUCAUUAUGUUCACAGUACCCCCGGGGGAUCAGGGUCGGCGAACCCACCCGUGGUGAGUACAGUUUACGCCUACAUCGGCUCUCCGCCCGCCCAGCGUCAGCUGUCCUCAUUGGUGUGGCGUCUGGGCCCUACCCACUUCCUGGAGGAAGUCUUGCCCGUCGCCAGCGUGAGCACCAUUUACGAGCUCGGACCAAAUUACGUUGGAAGCUUUCAGGCAGUAGGAAUCCCAUGUAAAGAUUCCAAGUCUGAAGGCGUCAUCCCGUCUCCUGUAUCCUUAGUACCAGAGGAAAAAGUGUCUUUCGGGCUCUAUGCACUCUCUGUGUCUUCACUCACUGUGGCAAGAAUAAGGAAAGUUUACAACAAGUUAGACAGCAAAGCCAUCGCCAAGCAGCUGGCCAUUUCAUCGCACGAAAACGCCACCCCGGUGAAGCUGCUCCACAGUUCCGCGGGACACCUCAACGGCCCAGCACGCACUAUCGGUGCCGCCCUGAUCGGCUAUUUGGGAGUAAGAACGUUCGUCCCCAAGCCUGUGGCUACCACGCUACAGUACAUCGGGGGAGCGGCUGCCAUCUUGGGCCUGGUUGCGAUGGCGUCAGACGUUGAGGGCUUGUACGCAGCGGUGAAAGCCUUGGUUUGCGUGGUCAAGAGUAACCCCCUGGCCAGCAAAGAAAUGGAAAGGAUCAAGGGUUAUCAGUUGUUGGCCAUGCUCCUCAAGAAGAAGCGUUCCCUUCUGAAUAGCCACAUUCUCCACCUGACAUUUUCCUUGGUGGGAACCGUUGAUAGCGGCCACGAAACCUCCAUCAUUCCCAACUCAGCUGCCUUCCAGGAUCUUCUCUGUGACUUUGAAGUUUGGCUUCAUGCACCAUAUGAACUUCACCUUUCCUUGUUUGAACACUUCAUCGAACUGCUCACCGAGUCCAGUGAAGCCGCCAAGAACGCCAAAUUGAUGAGGGAGUUCCAGUUGAUCCCGAAGCUGCUGCUGACUCUUCGCGACACAACCUUGUCCCAGCCCACAAUCGCCGCCAUCAGCAACGUGCUGAGUUUCUUACUCCAGGGCUUUUCCAACAGCAACGACCUACUGAGGUUUGGCCAGUUUAUUUCCUCCACUUUGCCGACGUUUGCAGUCUGUGAGAAAUUCGUAGUGAUGGAAAUCAACAAUGAAGAAAAGCUAGACACAGGAGAUUUAAUGCGUGUGAUUUCCUGCCCAGGAACAGAAGAUGAAUUUGGAGGUCUCGUUUCUGCUAAUCUUAUCCUGCUGAGGAACCGACUGCUUGAUAUCCUGCUGAAACUGGUCUACACCUCUAAAGAAAAGACAAGCAUUAAUUUACAAGCUUGCGAGGAGCUCGUCAGGACGCUUGGCUUCGACUGGAUCAUGAUGUUCAUGGAAGAGCAUUUGCACCCGACGACGGUCACCGCCGCCAUGAGGAUCCUCGUCGUGUUGCUAAGCAACCAGCCCAUCCUCGCCAAGUUCAAAGAGGGCCUGAGUGGCGGGGGCUGGCUCCAACAGACCGAUUCUGUUCUGACUAACAAGAUUGGUACCGUCCUAGGCUUCAACGUGGGCAGGAGCGCCGGGGGCCGAUCCACGAUCAGGGAGAUCAACCGCGACGCCUGCCAUUUUUCGGGAUUCCCGGUCCUGCAGUCGUUUCUCCCCAAGCACACGAACGUGCCCCCCCUCUACUUCCUCCUCAUGGCGUUGUUCCUCCAGCAGCCCGCGACCGAGUUGCCCGAGAGCCUGCAGUUUGAUUUGGAUUCCAUCUGGACGUUUAUCUUUGGCGUUCCCGCCUCCAGCGGCCCAGUGGUCGGCUCCAUCCACAACGUCUGCACCGAAGCUGCGUUUUUGUUGCUGGCCAUGCUGCGCAGCAUGCUGAAUUCGCCCUGGCAGUCAGAAGAGGAGGGGUCGUGGCUGCGUGAAUAUCCCGUGACGCUGAUGCAGUUCUUCCGGUACUUGUAUCACAACGUCCCCGACCUGGCCUCCAUGUGGAUGAGUCCGGAGUUCCUGUGCACCUUGGCAGCCACCGUGUUCCCUUUCAACAUCCGCCCCUACUCCGAGAUGGUCACCGACCUCGACGACGAAGUAGGGUCUCCAGCCGAAGAAUUCAAAGCCUUUGCCGCCGACACGGGCAUGAACAGGAGCCAGUCAGAGUAUUGCAACGUCGGCUCGAAGACCUACCUGACCAAUCACCCGGCCAAGAAGUUCGUUUUUGACUUCAUGCGGGUCUUGAUUAUUGACAACCUCUGCCUCAUGCCCGCCAGCAAACAGACCCCACUGAUCGAUCUCCUGCUAGAAGCUUCUCCCGAGAGAUCUACAAGGACUCAGCAAAAGGAAUUUCAGACGUAUAUUUUGGAUAGUGUGAUGGACCAUUUACUCGCAGCUGACGUUUUAUUAGGGGAAGAUGCCUCUCUACCCAUCACCAGUGGAGGAAGUUAUCAAGUGCUGGUGAACAACGUGUUUUAUUUCACACAGCGGGUGGUGGACAAGCUGUGGCAGGGCAUGUUCAACAGGGAAUCCAAACUCCUUAUCGAGUUCAUUAUCCAGCUUAUUGCACAGUCGAAACGAAGGUCCCAAGGCCUGUCGCUGGACGCCGUGUAUCACUGCCUGAACCGGACCAUCCUCUACCAGUUCUCCAGGGCCCACAAAACCGUCGCCCAGCAAGUGGCUCUGCUGGAUUCCCUGAGGGUCCUGACGGUCCACCGGAAUUUAAUUCUCGGCCCUGGCAACCACGACCAGGAGUUCAUCAGCUGCCUGGCGCACUGCCUGAUGAAUCUGCACGUCGGGAGCAAUGUGGAUGGCUUUGGCCUGGAAGCAGAGGCCAGGAUGACCACCUGGCACGUGAUGAUCCCCUCCGAUAUAGAACCGGACGGCGGCUACAGUCAAGACGUCAGCGAAGGCCGUCAGCUUCUCCUCAAGGCUGUGAACCGUGUCUGGACGGAGCUGAUUCACAGUAAAAGGCAGGUUCUGGAGGAGAUCUUCAAGGUGUCCCUGCCAGUCAACGACCGCGGACAUGUGGACAUUGGCCUGGCGAGGCCUCUGAUCGAAGAGGCCGGGCUAAAGUGCUGGCAGAACCAUUUGGCGCACGAGAAGAAAUGCAUCAGCCGCGUGGAAGCGUUGGCUCCUUCCACGCAGUCAAAGCUGUCCAGGGUGAGCAGCGGCUUCGGCCUCUCGAAGCUGACGGGGUCGAGGAGGAACCGCAAGGAGAGCGGUCUGCACAGACACAACCUCUCCACGCAGGAGAUCUCCCAGUGGAUGUUUACUCACGUUGCGGUAGUUCGAGACUUAGUCGACACCCAGUACAAAGAGUAUCAAGAGCGUCAGCAGAACGCCCUGAAGUACGUGUCGGAAGAGUGGUGCCAGAUCGAGUACGAGCUAUUGCGGGAGAGGGGGCUGUGGGGACCCCCGAUCGGCUCACACCUGGAUAAAUGGAUGCUGGAGAUGACCGAGGGGCCGUGCAGGAUGAGGAAGAAGAUGGUGCGGAAUGACAUGUUCUACAUUCAAUACCCGUACGUGCCCGAGGCCGAACAGGAAGCCAACGUGCUGUCCGACCUCCCCAGUAAACAGCCCGAGAUCCCCGAUGAUACGAUUCCUCAAAAGAAGCCCGCUCGUUACCGGAGAGCGAUCAGCUAUGACAGCAAGGAGUACUACAUGCGCCUGGCCGCCGGAAACCCCGCCAUCGUCCAGGACGCCAUAGUGGACAGUUCCGAAGGGGAAGCCGCCCAGCAGGAGCCGGAACACGGCGAAGACACCAUCGCUAAAGUCAAAGGUCUGGUUAAGCCCCCGCUGAAGCGGUCCCGGUCUGCCCCCGACGGAGGGGAUGAAGAGAGCCAAGAGCAGCUUCAGGACCAGCUGGCCGAGGGCAGCUCGAUGGAUGAUGAGGAGAAGACGGACAACGCCACCCUCCUACGCCUGCUGGAGGACGGGGAGAAGAUCCAGCACAUGUAUCGCUGUGCUCGCGUCCAAGGUCUGGACACGAGCGAGGGACUGCUCCUCUUCGGGAAAGAGCAUUUCUACGUGAUCGACGGCUUCACCAUGACGGCCACCAGGGAGAUACGUGACAUCGAGACCCUUCCCCCCAACAUGCAUGAGCCUAUCAUUCCCAGAGGUGCCAGACAGGGUCCCAGCCAGCUCAAGAGGACGUGCAGCAUAUUUGCAUAUGAGGACAUCAAGGAAGUACACAAAAGGAGGUAUCUACUACAGCCAAUCGCUGUCGAGGUUUUCUCAGGAGACGGACGGAAUUACCUUCUCGCUUUUCAGAAAGGAGUUCGGAACAAAGUCUAUCAAAGGUUUCUGGCCGUGGUGCCGUCGCUGACCGACAGUUCGGAGUCGGUGUCCGGACAGCGACCGAACACCAGUGUGGAACAAGGGUCCGGAUUGCUCAGCACUUUGGUAGGAGAGAAGUCUGUGACCCAGAGGUGGGAGCGAGGAGAAAUCAGCAAUUUCCAGUACCUGAUGCACUUGAACACUUUGGCGGGCAGAUCCUACAACGACCUCAUGCAGUAUCCUGUCUUCCCGUGGAUCCUCGCAGACUAUGACUCGGAGGAAGUGGACCUUACUAACCCGAAGACGUUCAGGAACCUGGCCAAGCCAAUGGGAGCCCAAACGGACGAACGAUUAGCUCAGUAUAAGAAGCGGUACAAAGACUGGGAGGACCCUAACGGAGAGACGCCGGCCUACCAUUAUGGGACCCAUUACUCAUCCGCAAUGAUAGUGGCCUCUUAUCUGGUCCGGAUGGAGCCCUUUACCCAGAUAUUCCUGCGGCUACAGGGUGGCCACUUUGACCUGGCGGACCGAAUGUUUCACAGUGUGCGCGAGGCCUGGUAUUCCGCAUCAAAGCACAACAUGGCAGAUGUGAAAGAGCUCAUCCCGGAGUUCUUCUACCUCCCGGAGUUCCUGCUCAACUCCAACAACUUUGAUCUAGGGAGCAAGCAGAACGGCACCAAGCUCGGCGACGUGAUCCUGCCGCCGUGGGCCAAAGGCGAUCCCCGAGAAUUCAUCCGCGUCCAUCGUGAGGCCCUGGAGUGUGAUUACGUGAGCACCCACCUGCACGAGUGGAUCGACCUGAUCUUUGGCUACAAGCAGCAGGGCCCGGCCGCGGUAGAAGCCGUCAACGUCUUCCAUCAUCUCUUCUACGAGGGUCAGGUGGACAUCUACAACAUCAAUGACCCGCUGAAGGAGACCGCCACCAUCGGCUUCAUCAAUAACUUCGGGCAGAUCCCAAAGCAGCUCUUCAAAAAGCCCCAUCCCCCGAAGCGCGUGCGGAGUCGCCUGAACGGAGAGAACGCGGGAAUCUCGGCCCCGCCCGGGGCGACGGGAGAUAAGAUCUUCUUCCAUCACUUGGACAACCUGCGGCCUCCUCUCACGCCCGUCAAAGAGCUCAAGGAGCCCGUGGGGCAGAUCGUGUGCACCGAGAAGGGCGUCCUGGCCGUGGAGCAGAACAAGGUCCUCGUCCCACCCGCCUGGAACAAGACCUUCGCCUGGGGCUACGCCGACCUCAGCUGCAGGCUCGGCAACUACGAGUCGGACAAGGCGGUGACGGUCUACGAGUGCCUGUCCGACUGGGGCCAGGUGCUGUGCGCCAUCUGCCCCAACCCCAAGCUGGUGAUCACGGGGGGCACCAGCACGGUGGUGUGCGUCUGGGAGAUGGGCACCUCCAAGGAGAAGGCCAAGACGCUCACGCUGAAGCAGGCCCUGCUGGGCCACACGGACACGGUGACGUGCUCCACGGCCUCCCUGGCCUAUCACAUCAUCGUGAGCGGCUCCCGGGACCGCACCUGCAUCAUCUGGGACCUGAACAAGCUGUCCUUCAUCACCCAGCUGCGGGGCCACCGAGCCCCCGUGUCCGCCCUCUGUAUCAACGAGCUGACGGGGGACAUCGUGUCCUGCGCGGGCACCUACAUCCACGUGUGGAGCAUCAACGGGAACCCGGUGGUGAGCGCCAACACCUUCACGGGCCGCAGCCAGCAGAUCGUCUGCUGCUGCCUGUCCGAGAUGCAGGAGUGGGACACGCAGAACGUCAUCGUGACGGGACAUUCCGACGGAGUGGUCCGGUUUUGGAGGAUGGAGUUCCUGCAGGUCCCUGAGACCCCGGCCCCCGAACCCGCGGAGGCUCUGCAGCUGCACGAAGAUUGCCCAGAAGCUCAGAUAGGGCGGGAAGCCGCGGACGAGGACAGCAGCGACUCGGAGGCCGAGGAGCCGGGGGCCGGCCGGGACCCGAAGCCCGCGGAACCGCGGGACCCGCGGGACCCGCCGUCCGGCUCUCCCGGCGGCGCCAGCCCCCGGCCCAGCCCCCGGCCCAGCCCCCGGCCCAGCCCCCGGCCCCGGGCGAGCUCGGCCCGGGCCACGGCCGUCUGGUCCGUGGCCGACGGCGGCCCGGAGGACCCGCGGCGCUGGUCCGGCCAGCUCAGCCUGGACGAGAGGGACGGCUUCGUCUUCGUCAACUACUCGGAGGGAAGGCCGCGCCCGCCGAUUCCGCCCGCCGGCUCCCGCCCGCACCCCCACCCCGGAGACGGCCGGCCCUACAGCAAGCUCAAGCCGGGCUACCGGUGGGAGAGGCAGCUGGUGUUCCGGAGCAAGCUCACGAUGCACACGGCCUUCGACCGCAAGGACAACGCCCACCCGGCCGAAAUCACCGCCCUGGCCGUUUCCAAGGACCACAGCCGGAUCCUGGUGGGAGACAGCCGGGGCCGAGUGUUCAGCUGGUCCGUGAGCGACCAGCCCGGCCGCUCGGCCGCCGACCACUGGGUCAAGGACGAGGGCGGGGACAGCUGCUCGGGCUGCGCCGUGCGCUUCUCCCUCACCGAGCGCCGCCACCACUGCAGGAACUGCGGCCAGCUCUUCUGCCAGAAGUGCAGCCGUUUCCAGUCGGAAAUCAAGCGUUUGAAAAUCUCGUCGCCGGUGCGCGUCUGCCAGAACUGUUACUACAACCUGCAGCACGAGAGGGGGCCAGAGGACGGCUCGCGCCACUGACCGGCCCGCCCCCCUCCCCGCCCAUCUCCGUCUACACUCGUCCCCGUACCGCGGGCGGGCGGGAGGGCGGCCCCGCGAGGGUCGGGCACUGGACACGAGAGGCCCGGAGGGCCCGGCGCCCCCGCCCGGCCCGGCGCGCGAGCGAGCGGGGACGGCAGCCGCUCCGCUCCCUCGUCCCGCCUCUCCCCCCGUAGAGACGCUGCCCGCGUCGGGGCGGGGGACGGGGGACGGAGGCCCGGAGCCGGGACCGUGAGGCGGCGGCCUUCCGGGCCGGCCCCUGUGUAUAUUGUAAAUAGGUCGAUGGCCUUUUUAUCUAAACCCAGACUUACUUUGCCGACCGUAACACGGGACAGCGGAUUAACCACUAACGUACCCGCCGACGGAGCGUCUGUCUGGCAUCUCUCAUCUCUUCCCGUUGCUCCGGGCGAGCGUCUCCCUCCCACCCCCCACCGGCCGAGGCUUGCCCCCGGGUCUCCUCCGCUCCGUCGGCCCCGGGCUGGGUAUAGGGGGCGGCCGGUGACCCUUCGGUGGAUCUCUCUACCCGGCCCCCAGGAGCGGACUUGCACGGGACGGCCCCGGGGGGGCGACCCUCCGGCGACUUGUCCCGCGGCGCGCGGGACGGCGGAGGGGAAGGAGCGGCGGGGGUCCCGUCCGCCCCCUCGCCCCCACCACGUCGCCUCCGGUGCCGCGGGCUCGGCCGACCGUCUCGGAUCACGGUGUUGCCGGCCUCCGGGGGGGAUCCCGAAGCGUGAGCUCCGACCGCCCGUGCCGCCGCCGAGACGGACGCUCCCUCCCGGGCACGGCCCGGUCGGCCGGAAGGGCGGGAGCCGGGGGGACGGGCCCGCCCCGACCCCGACCGUCGGACCUCACGGGGGUCCCACGUUCCGCCGCGGACGCGUUCGGGUGACGGGGGGCCGAGGGCCUGCCGGGCCCGCCCCUCCCUGGUCCCGGGGAACUAGCAAGGCUGCGUUAGUGCCUUACCACGCCGUGGCGACCCACAGCCCCUCUUCCGGACCCGGUCUCGCCGAGCGGACCGCGAAUGCUACUUCCGUCUCUCCGACGAGGGCGGGGCGGAGGAGGCCUUCCCUUCUCCGCAGGUGGAAACGGCGCCUUCCCCUUCUCGCCGAGAGUCGGGGCGGCUCAGCCUCGCCGGGAAAGGGCACCGGGGCGGGGGGGGCCCCAAACCGCCCCCCCACUCCCCGCAGGACCCCUCCGUCCUAUUGGCGACGUGGGAGGAUUGACCGUCGGCACCGUUUUUCUGAUUUCUGAAGCAGAAGCAGAAAUGAGAAUCUGAUUUCAGUUCCUCGGGACAGCUUCACGUUUGCCACGUAAAAGACGCCUCGAGCCGAAUUCCGUCGUCUCCCCGGUUCCACGGCGGUCCGCGUUCUCGGCGAAGACCCCCCACAGCCUCCCAGGCCCGCGGCCGCCAGAGAAAUCCCGUUUCCAAAGGCAAGACCUGCAGCCCUUCUCCACCCGGUCAAUAGCGAAACACUUUAGAUAAGUUAUUUUGCACUUUCUUAUGUAUAAAAUCGGUAGAAACUUAUUUUUUGCUUUGUAUCAUUUAAAGACUUCAUUUCGUUCCGGUAAAUGAACUGUGUAUAAACUAUUUAUGCAGUUAAAACUGUUUUUAGAAAGUAUUUUUAAUUUCAGCAAGUUGGGUUACUUGUUGCAUGACUAUUAACACAGCUGACUUUUUGUGUCAGUGCAAUGUAUAUUUUUUCGUCCCGUUAUUAACUCGUAUGCCCUAGUCGAAGGCCCUCUGUACAGCGACCGAAGUCGACCGAAGAAACUGGCGAAGACCGGAUUGUGGAAUUUUGUACCAUACCGCAGAAUCCGAUAUCUGUUUUUUUUUUUGGUGGUUACGUCGAAGGCCUGAAAAAUUACUAUCUAGUGUGCGAUGUGUGAUCUCUGAAUGUUCACUGUAUAUUUGUCUCUGAUGCAAAAAGAUAGAGUAACACAACUACAAUACAUGAGUAAAUGCAAUAGAUCAGGUAUCUAAGUAUUUUUUUUCAUUUCAAAUAAAUACCUGCUAUUUACCACCAA